AUGCAUAGUCUUAAACAGAAAGAGGUCUCGCUGAAGAGCAAGGCUGGCGUGCAUGCUGUUCCCAUGAAAGGCGACCAGCAGGUGUUUCACAGAUGGAAGUCCGGCUACCAGGGUGUUAACCAGAAGGCAACCCCGGAUGCAGGCUGGGAAUACAGGCUGGAUGAUCCUGUGAUCAAGGGCAUGCAGUACGUUGAAUGGGAUGGAGUAACACCCAAGGCCAUUGCUGACCCAGAUUGUGAUGGCCGGGUCCUGGUAGUCCUUGCUGGUGCUCCCCGUGAGGGCUGGGAUGAAGUUUGUCAAGGAGCUUCCGAGGCCAUGCUCACUGCUGGCAAGAAGUUCAACUGCUCGGACAAGAAGAAGGCUCACCGCUGGGGAGUUUUCCCUGUGGCCACCACAGGUAUAUCAUAUGGAGGUGGACGAAAGGUCAGUCACAUCUUCUCUAUUGCCGUGAACUGGUAUUGA